AUGAUUGAAAGACGCAAGAUAGCUGUUAUUGGAUCAGGACAGAUUGGUGGUAACAUUGCAUAUAUUGCAGGGAAGGAUAACUUGGCCGAUGUAGUACUUUUUGAUAUUGCAGAGGGUCUUCCACAAGGAAAAGCAUUAGAUAUUACCCAUUGUAUGGUAAUGUUUGGUUCCACAUCAAAGAUUACUGGUACAAAUGACUAUGCUGACAUAGCAGGCGCUGAUGUAGUUAUUAUUACGGCAUCUAUUCCAGGCCGUCCAAAAGAUGAUCGUUCUGAACUUUUAUUUGGAAAUGCACGUAUUUUGGAUUCAGUUGCUGAGAAUGUUAAGAAGUACUGCCCAAAUGCUUUUGUUAUUUGUAUUACAAACCCACUAGAUGUUAUGGUAUCACACUUCCAAAAGGUUUCUGGGCUUCCACAUAACAAGGUUUGUGGUAUGGCAGGUGUAUUAGAUUCAUCUAGAUUUAGAACUUUUAUUGCACAACACUUUGGUGUUAGUGCUUCAGAUGUUAAUGCGAAUGUUAUUGGUGGCCAUGGUGAUGGCAUGGUGCCAGUUACCAGUUCCGUUUCAGUCGGUGGUGUUCCUCUUUCCUCCUUCAUGAAACAAGGUCUCAUUAAUCAAGAUCAGGUUGAUGCAAUUGUAUGCCGUACUAGGUCAGCAUGGAAGGAGGUUGCUGACCAAUUAAAGACAGGAACUGCCUACUUUGCACCUGCAGCUGCAGCUGUUAAGAUGGCUGAGGCAUAUUUGAAAGAUAAAAAAGCAGUUGUUCCAUGUUCUGCAUUCUGUUCCAACCAUUAUGGUGUCAAGGGUAUAUAUAUGGGUGUUCCGACCAUUAUUGGUAAGAAUGGUGUUGAAGAUAUUCUUGAAUUGGAUUUGACUCCAUUGGAACAGAAGCUUCUUAGUGAGUCAAUUAAUGAAGUUAACACUCUUUCAAAGGUAUUGGACAAUGCACCAGCUGCUGGAGCAUAA